GUUGGGACUUCGGACUUUGGAGUGAGGCCAAACCAAAAGAGCCUGCAGAUUUCGGGUUCGAUCUCGCGCUUCCGAUUUGGGAGCGAUGACAAGUGCCCAUUUCAACUACCAGAUCAUUCACCAUAAAUACUGUCUCUCGCUUUUGGCAACCUCUGUGUUUUCCCGCCAUUUUUCUACCAGGCGAGUGACCGAGCAAUUGACGCCUCUGUUCUUCCAUGGGGUUCAAUCAUUUCCUCUCAUUUUCCUUUUUUUUUAGUUUUAUUCUACCUUCUGUCAUUUAGGUUGCCGUUGGUUAAUAGGCUUCCUAAACCUUGGAAGGAGAAAGAGCAAUGGGAGAUUCUAGGGUUUUUGCUGAAUCCCUCGCAAAUCGAUCGGGUGCAGGGAUUAUUUCGAAAAUACGUUUAGAGAACUUCAUGUGCCACAGUAGCUUACAGAUUGAGCUUGGAGACUGGGUUAAUUUCAUUACUGGCCAAAAUGGAAGUGGUAAGAGUGCGAUAUUAACAGCAUUGUGCGUUGCCUUCGGUUGCCGAGCAAAAGGAACUCAGCGCGCCUCAACGUUGAAGGAUUUCAUAAAGACUGGUUGCAGUUCUUCUGUUGUUCAAGUGGAGAUAAAAAAUCAAGGGGAAGAUGCUUUUAAGUCAGAAAUUUAUGGUGAUAUAAUAAUUGUGGAACGCAGGAUUUCAGAAUCAGCUAGCUCCAUCAUUCUAAAGGAUCAUCAAGGAAGAAAGGUUGCCAGUCGGAAGGAUGAGCUUCGUGAGCUGGUAGAGCAUUUUAAUAUUGAUGUUGAGAAUCCAUGUGUGAUAAUGAGUCAAGACAAAAGCAGGGAAUUUUUGCAUUCAGGGAAUGACAAAGAGAAAUUUAAGUUCUUUUUCAAAGCUACACUGCUUCAACAAGUAAAUGAUCUUCUACAAAGUAUUAGGGAAAAGUUGGAUGCAGCAAAUAUUGUGAUCGAUGAACUAGAAUCUUCAAUAAGACCUAUACAGAAGGAGCUUAAUGAGUUACAAAGCAAGAUAAAGAACAUGGAACAUGUUGAAGAAAUAUCUCAGCAAGUACAACACUUAAAGAAGAAGCUCGCGUGGUGUUGGGUAUAUGAUGUUGAUAGGCAAAUCAAGGAACAAAAUGCAAAGAUUGAGAAGCUGAAAGAUCGCAUACCUACUUGCCAGGCCAAAAUAGAUCAACAGCUAGGUAACAUGGAGGUAUUGAAGGAAAGACUAACCAAAAAGAAAGCUGAUAUUGCACAUAUGAUGGAAAAGACAUCAGCAAUUAGGAGAAUGAAGGAAGAACUAGGACAUGAUCUUUCCCUGGCUACAAAAAAGAGGCUUGAACUAGAGGAGGAACAGAAGCGCAAAAUUAACCUUAUUAAUAACCUGGUCAAGGAUGUUCAAAAGCUUGAGCAACAAAUCUCUGAUAUUCAGGAGCAACAUGUAAAAAAUACACAGGCUGAAGAAUGUGAGAUGGAAGAAAGACUGAAAGGACUAGAAGAUGAAGUUGUUGUGGCCAAUUUACAUUUUACAAGAUUGAUGGAAGAAGAGAAUUCCCUUUCUGAAGACAUAUUGACCAUAACAAGUGAAAUCAAGAAAAUUGUUUUUGAGAUCGAUUAUAAUGAGAAAAAGUUUCGUGAAAUACGUUCUCAAAUUUGUGAACUUGAGCAGCAUAAAACAAACAAGGUAACAGCUUUUGGAGGAGAGAGAGUAAGCUAUCUCUUACGUGCAAUUGAGAGACACCAUAAAAAAUUCAGAAGGCCCCCAAUUGGUCCUAUUGGGGCUCAUGUGACAUUGGCUAAUGGUGAUAUGUGGGCUCAAGCUGUUGAAAAUGCCAUAGGGAAGCUGCUAAAUGCUUUUAUUGUCACAGAUCAUAGAGAUAAUCUUCUUUUGAGAGAAUGUGCAAGGGAGGCGAAUUACAACCACCUUCAAAUUAUCAUAUAUGAUUUUGCUAGACCAAGGUUAAACAUUCCUAGUCACAUGCUUCCCCAGACAAAGCACCCAACUACUCUUUCCGUUUUACAUUUUGAUAAUCCUACUGUAAUGAACGUUCUAGUGGAUAUGGGUAAUGCUGAGAGGCAAGUACUUGUGAAAGAUUACGAAGUGGGAAAAACUGUUGCAUUUGACCAAAGGAUUCCAAACCUUAAGGAUGUUUACACAAUAGAGGGAUAUAGAAUGUUUUCUCGUGGUUCUGUCCAGACAAUUCUCCCUCCUAACAAGAAAAUUAGAAGUGGACGACUUAGCAGUUCAUUUGAUGAUCAAAUUAAAGAUUUGGAGAAAGAUUCAUUAAAGGCACAAGAACAAGCCCAAGAAAGCAGGGGGAAGAAACGAAAUGCAGAGCAAAGUCUCUGGAAUCUUGAAGAGAAAAUAAAAAGCAUAAAGAGGCGGCGCCAAAAUGCAGAGAGGGAUUUAAAGAUCAAGGAACUAACUCUACAAGAUGUGAGGAAUUCAUAUGUUGCUGAAAAGAGUUUGCUCCCCACACCUGAUGUAGAUGAGCUCCAGCAUGAAAUUUUGAAACUGCAGGAAGAAAUUCAAGAAAAGGAAGUGUUAUUAGAGAAUCUCCAAGCAAGGAUGACUGAAGCAGAAGUAAAAGCAAGCAAUCUAAAAUCAUCAUUUGAGAAUUUAUGUGAGUCGGCAAAAGGGGACAUUGAUGCCUUUGAGAAAGCAGAGAAGGAAUUGAUGCAAAUUGAAGAAGAUCUGCGUUCACUAGAGAUGGAGAAAGCUCAUUAUGAAGGUGUCAUGCAUAACAAGGUUCUUCCAGAUGUAAAAGAAGCAGAGGCAACGUGUAAGGAGCUCCAAGUCAAGCGGCAGGAGAGUUCCAAGAAAGCUUCUAUUAUCUGUGUUGAGAGUGAGAUCAAAGCUUUAGGAGGCUGUGAUGGGACCACACCAGAUCAGUUAAGCGCUCAACUAAGUAGACUAAAUCAGAGACUUCAGCAAGAGAGCCAAAGGUAUUCUGAAUCUAUUGAUGAUCUCAAAGUUUUAUAUGAGAAGAAAAAGCGCAAAAUACUUAGGAAACAGCAAACUUAUGAAGCUUUUCGGGAGAAACUUAGUGCAUGCCAGAAAGCCCUGGAAUUACGUUGGAGCAAGUUCCAAAGGAAUGCAAGUCUGCUUAAACGUCAGUUGACUUGGCAAUUUAAUGGUCAUUUGAGGAAGAAAGGGAUCAGUGGGCACAUCAAGAUUAGUUAUGAAGAUAAGACACUUUCUGUAGAGAUAAAAAUGCCACAAGAUGCAUCGAGUAACACUGUCCGUGAUACCAGGGGGCUUUCAGGUGGGGAACGCUCUUUCUCUACUCUAUGCUUUGCAUUAGCACUUCAUGAGAUGACAGAAGCCCCCUUUCGAGCAAUGGAUGAGUUUGAUGUAUUUAUGGAUGCUGUUAGCCGUAAAAUCAGCUUGGACACCCUUGUGGAUUUUGCCUUGACACAAGGGUCACAAUGGAUAUUCAUAACUCCACAUGAUAUCAGCAUGGUGAAGCCAGGGGAGAGGGUGAAGAAGCAGCAAAUGGCAGCUCCUCGUUCUUAAUUCUCAAGGGCAGUUUGUUGUAUUAUAUUCUCACGUGUAAAUUCUAAGUUCUAAUUGUGCUCUUGAGGUAAUUAUAGGAAUUUCCAUUAUCUAUCUUGUAUUCAUUUUUUUGUUGAAUGUACGUAAUCUGUGUAUAAUAUUGUCAUUUUGUCUAUGCUAAUUGUUUUCUUCUCCA